CAACCGGAGAGUACGUUUGAUUGUUUAUAUUUUUCCAAAAUAUUUUACAUUUUAGCUUGCUAGCUAGCCACCCAAAUGUAUAUGUAAAAUGUGUCUUGUCGGAAUAAGGUUGGAAAGACAUGAAUAAAGCAAAGUGUCUAUCAUGUAACUUUACCGUUGUUCAGCGACAAACUUCGGAUAAAUAUAUUUUUGAAGAGCACUGACACGCGGGAAGAACGCGCGGAAACCGAGAGGACAUGACAGGAGGAUUGUCUGCUACAAGAGACAUCUACCAGUUAGCUAGCAAGUAGCACGCAAACAUUUUAUUUCUAGUUAACAUAUUUUGAUUAGUUGGUUGAGACAAUCCUAUCCCUCAAGAAUGGAGGAAUACAAGGAGAAUAUUCAAGACAAAGGUGACAAUGUGAAAUUGUCCUCUAAACCCGAGGAAGAUGACAAGGUUAGUACUGUACACUACAGCUAACUCUGCUACAGUAGUGUAGCGUCAGCUAACGCAGCUAACUGGAUUGGAGUAGGAAUAACAGCCAGGUGAUGUUUUAAACUAGUUAUCUACGUAUGUGACUAACGUUAUAUUCCUUUCUCUAUGUCAAGUCUUGCAGCAAAGUGUGUAGUAACAUUGGUGAACCCGUCCCUCAAGUAUCUUCUACUCGAGGCGAGUUCAGUGAUCCUGUUUACAAAGAGAUUGCUCUUGCAAAUGGACAUAUCAACCGCAUGAACAAGGAUGAGCUUCGGUCCAAACUGGCAGAGUUGAAGCUUGACACGAGGUAUGUAGGAACACUUGUGUUUCAGCAGGAGAUGGCUACAAACGUAAUCCAUUGAGGAUCAGGAUAUCUGUGUUAGGAAAUCCGAGAACUGCUUGGCAUGUCACUGAAAAAGAUCCAUAUCACUGAACAUGUUCCAUGAUCCCAAGUGUCUCUCGCUCGCUCUCUCUGUGUGUAGAGGUGUAAAGGAUGUGAUGAAGAAGCGGUUGAAGAACUACUACAAGAAGCAGAAGCUGUCGUUGAUGCAGUCUGUGACAGACGGUGGACCAACUGAUACCUACUACGACUUCAUCUGUGUUGUGGACUUUGAGGCAACGUGUGAACAGGACAACCCCCCUGACUUCACGCAUGAAAUCAUUGAGUUCCCAAUGGUCCUGUUCAACACGCACACUUUAGACAUUGUGAGUAAGUGAGGAGGGGACAUUGUUAGAAUCAAUGCAUUGUAAGGCUUGUGUGUACUGUCAUAGAUGUAUGGACCUUUUAGUUCACAUUAGUAGUUGACGCAAAUAAUACAACUUAAACACACACAUGCACACAUGUUUUGUUAUCAUGAAUGACACUGGAUUUCAUUGUAGGAGGACAGCUUUCAGGAAUAUGUCAGACCAGAAGUCAACACACAGUUGUCAGAGUUCUGCAUAAAGUUGACAGGGAUAACACAGGUGAGACACCGGACAUAGAUGUUGACUAAACCAACUUGAAGGACUAGAAUACUAUGAUCCACAAUACUUCACACAAUGUAAUGUUCAUAUAAGAGUUUUCUAACUGUUCUUUUUUUGGGUCAGAAAAUGGUGGAUGAAGCAGACACGUUCCCUGAUGUUCUUAAGCGGGUGGUGCUCUGGCUUCAGGAGAAAGAGCUUGGCACAAAAUACAAAUACGCCAUUCUUACAGAUGGGUACGUCAGUGUGGGCAGAGGGUACUAACACUACUUUUGUGUAUUAAUGAUAACUAGCGAGAUAUUAAGUGUUCUCAUUAGUACAACUAUGUGCUUUGUUAUUUCCACAGAUCUUGGGACAUGAGCAAGUUCAUGAACACCCAGUGCCGUUUAAAUCGUCUCUCAUAUCCACAGUUUGCGAAGAAGUGGAUCAACAUCAAAAAAUUAUACGGAAACUUCUAUAAGGUUAUGAAAUGAGCAGAAAUAUCUCUCUAAAUGUAGACACGUUAGACACAAUCCUUUAGAUAUGUUGAGUAGAACAAUAGAACUAGAAUCCUCACUUUCUUUUUCACAGGUCCAUCGUACCCAGACCAAGCUGAGCAGCAUGCUGGAGAAGCUGGGACUUCAAUACGAGGGCCGCCCUCACUCUGGCCUGGAUGACUCGCGGAACAUUGCCCGCAUUGCGCUGCGCAUGCUGCAGGACGGCUGCCAACUGCGCAUCAACGAGCGCAUGCACGAAGGACAGCUGCGGACUGUGCCCAGCUCUGCCCCUGUGGAAGGAGCCCCACCCCCACAUACCCCUCGCAGCAGAGACUAGCCCCCCACCUUGACCUCAGCUCCCCAUCCCCUUGCUCUGUGAGACUUCUACAUUGAGACCUUCAAGCAGGCUUCCCAUGUCUAUUUUACCCCCAUGACUUGAAAAUUCAUUGCACUUUUCCCACUCAAUCUGAGUCAAUUUUUGUCACAAAUUGUGGGACUGUGUAGAUAGUCUUUUUAAUUGCACUAGUAGUGCCACUUCCCACAAUAAAAAUGGUGUUUCUGCUUUUUAACAGCCUCUGUGGAUUUCUUUAAAGAAUAAUUUUAAUUUCGCUGGGGGUUAGAGGCUUGGCUUCAGUUUUUAUUCAUUAAUUUAUUAAUUUCGCUGUCUGUUAGAGGCUUGGCU